CUGGAUUGUAUAGGAAACGGCCCCACCCGGCUGCACGCGUGCGCAGUGCUUCUCUCCUGUCCUCCAUUCCAUUGCUUGGUUCGCGUUGACUGACCAGAGUCCGCGAAUCGUUUUCGCCGGGUUUUGUAGGUUUCACUACGGAAAAACAAACCAGAAUGUCUCUGCACCAGUUCUUGCUUGAGCCCAUCAGCUGCCAUGCUUGGAAUAAAGAUCGUACUCAAAUAGCAUUAAGUCCUAAUAACCAUGAGGUGCAUAUCUACAAACAAAAUGGGAACCAGUGGGUGAAAGUUCAUGAGUUAAAGGAGCACAACGGACACAUAACAGGUAUUGAUUGGGCUCCUAAAAGUGACCGUAUAGUGACCUGUGGAGCUGAUCGUAAUGCUUAUGUGUGGAGCCAGAAGGAUGGAGUGUGGAAACCUACACUUGUAAUCCUACGAAUAAACCGGGCAGCAACUUUUGUCAAGUGGUCACCAUCUGAAAAUAAGUUUGCUGUUGGAAGUGGAGCAAGACUUAUAUCCGUGUGUUACUUUGAGUCAGAAAAUGACUGGUGGGUGAGUAAACACAUCAAGAAGCCCAUCCGUUCCACUGUGCUGAGCCUUGACUGGCACCCCAAUAAUGUGCUUCUAGCAGCUGGAUCCUGUGACUUCAAGACCAGGGUGUUUUCUGCAUACAUUAAGGAGGUUGAUGAGAAGCCUGCUAGUACUCCAUGGGGAUCCAAAAUGCCUUUUGGUCAACUAAUGUCAGAGUUUGGAGCAGCUGGCAGUGGCGGCUGGGUUCACUGCGUCAGCUUUUCUGCUAGCGGAAAUCGCUUGGCUUGGGUCAGCCAUGACAGCAUUGUGUCUGUAGUUGAUGCAUCGAAAAACAUGAGUGUUUCCCAGCUGAAGACUGAAUUCUUGCCUCUGCUGAGUGUCACAUUUGUCUCUGAGAACAGUGUGAUUGCAGCUGGGCAUGAUUGCUGUCCUAUGCUUUUCACCUAUGAUGACCAUGGCUCGUUGACAUUUGUUUCCAAACUGGACAUUCCAAAGCAGAGCACUCAGCGCAAUAUUUCUGCUAUGGAGCGCUUUAGAAACAUGGAUAAGAGAGCGACUACAGAGGACCGCAAUACUACCCUGGAGACCCUUCACCAAAACAGCAUAACCCAGGUGUCCAUUUAUGAUGGGGAUAAAUCUGACUGCCGUAAGUUUUGUACCACAGGUAUUGAUGGUGCUAUGACUAUUUGGGACUUUAAGACCCUGGAGUCUUACAUUCAAGGCCUAAGAAUUAUGUAAUUUAAGAACAACCUUCACUAAAGACAUGAACAAGCAUUGGGAUCUCUAAUAACAUACAAGAAAUGGAAGCUUGCAUUGAAACUACACUGACUCAUCUAACCAUGAAUGGGAACAGUUCAUAUUAUUCCAAAAGUGACUGGCAUACUAAUUUAAAUGUAUUGGCAGUUGCUUUAUAUUUGUGACCUACAGCUUGUCACUGAAAAAAAAUUGAUUAAAAUUAAAAUUGAGGCGUGUUCUUAA